AUGGCGGUUCAGACAAGGGUUGUGUCGAUUUUCUUCAUCCAGCUAGUUCUUCUCGCUGUUUCAGGCCCGAACCGGGCCAAUGGAGCCGGUCUGCGAACCGGUUACUACGAUGAGAGCUGCCCUGAUGCAGAGACCAUAGCUCUUAAGACUAUUCGCAAGGCCAUCUCCAAGGACGUGACUCUUGCUGCCGCAUUGCUCAGGCUCCAUUUCCAUGACUGCUUCGUUCGAGGAUGUGAGGCUUCAGUGCUUUUGGAUGCAGCAGAGGAAGGUGACGCAGAGAAAGAUGCAUCGCCCAACUUCAGCUUAAGAGGGUACGACGUGAUUGAUGAUGUGAAGUCUGCGAUUGAGAAGAGUUGUCCUGGUGUGGUUUCUUGUGCCGAUAUAUUGGCCUUGGCUGCUCGUGAUGCGGUUCGACUGACAGGUGGAUCAUUUUGGAAAGCUGAAACUGGACGUAGAGAUGGAAGAAUCUCACUUAGCAAGGAGGCAGACGAAAAUUUACCAUCCUCGAAUUUCAACAUAGCUCAACUCAAACAAAACUUUGCAUCAUUAUAUACUGUUCUUGGUAUCGUUUAA